CUGACGUCUCGGUUUAGAUUACGACGGAGUAGAUCUCUUCGUAUUGGGAGACGGGGUAAUCAACUCUCUUCGACUCGUGUAGACUGAAAAAUCGAAAGCAAAUGGCAUCAGCUAAUGCACAAACCGAUGAGGCAAUCAAUUAUGCUCGACUGUGUCACCUUUUGGUGAAUGUUGGCUCCCAAGCCUUAAGAGACACUUUUGAUGCCAUACACCCCCCAGAAAGACUUCAUUAUAUGUUAACGAGUCAGUAUGCAAAACUGCACUCUUUGAAGCAAGAGAAAGUCCUGAAUGGUGCGCAAUGGAAGAAACUGUAUCCAACUAAUCCAUUAUCUGUUUCAUCACAAGACUUUGAUAUGUCGACACUGCUUGUGCUACUGACGAACAGCUGUGGGUUGGUUCCUCCCAGUACUGGAUGGAACAAACUUCCCCCAGCUCCAGAUAAAAGUAAGGAGGCCCACCUAGCCAGGCUGAAACACUUCCGUAGGGCUGUGUACGCCCAUACCACCUACGCCUAUGUAAAGGAUCCAGAAUUCAGCCGCCUUUGGAAGGAGAUAUGCAAUGUCAUAGUAGAACUGGGGGGAGCAGGUUAUGGAACUGCUAUCAGUAGGCUUAAGAAUGACUCCUUACACGCUGAUACGGUAGAACACUACCGGCAGUUGCUAAACCAGUGGAAGCAAGAUGAAGUCAAUUUCAAAGAAGCGUUCAGAGAACUUGAAGCUGUAAAGAAAGUGGAGCAUACGAUGAAGGAAACUCUAAAGUUAGGAGAAUUCCUUGGAGGUGGAGCGUACGGCAAGGUGUAUAAGUGUUUUCUCAAUAGUAACGGCUUUGAACAUCCUUGUGCAGUGAAAGUGGUGGAAAUAAAGCCUCACUCUACUGAAACGAGGACGGAGGUGGAUGUUUUCAAAAACGAAAUUAGCAUUUUGAGCACACUUAAACAUGAACGAAUCCUGACUUAUUAUGGCAGCGAAGAGAAAGACAAUCAUCUUCAUUUAUUUAUGGAACUCAUGGAAAGGGGAUCAUUGUAUGAUUACAUAAAGAAGAAGAAGUGUCUCGAUGAAUGGGAAUCAAGAAAGUUCACAAGACAAAUAUUGGAAGGAGUGUCGUUCCUGCAUUCAGAAAAUGUUAUUCACAGAGACAUCAAAGGAUCAAACGUUCUGAUUGAUCUCCAUGGGAACAUAAAACUGGCUGACUUUGGUUUAUCAAAAUGGAUUGAGAAAAUCGGAAGUAAAUCCAAUCUUUUUUCUUAUGUUGGCACUCCUUACUGGAUGGCACCAGAGAUGUUUUGGGGAAAAGGAUAUGGAAGAAAAUUUGACAUUUGGGGUGUUGGUUGUACGGUCGUGGAAAUGUUGACCGGACGUCCUCCUCUGGGUCACCUUGAGGAGCCCGCGGCCAUUUUUAAGAUUGGAUCUGAACCAACCACGCCGACUCUGCCAGAGGAUGUAUCACAGGAUGGAAGGGAUUUUAUUAAGGCCACAUUGACAUGGAAUCCCGAUGAACGACCAUGGGCGGAUGAGUUACUUCAUCACCGGUUUCUGGAAAUCCCAACUUAAAUUUAAUUCUAACAAAGCAUUCUUAACAAAGAAGUUUCAACCUCUUGACUAACGUCUUACCGUAACUGAGUUGAUUAUUAGUUAGUUUAUUAUUCUUAUUUUUUCAGUUGUUGAGGAAUUUUGCUUCCUUUUGUUUGUCCUUCACCAGUAGCGAGAAAGCCCGCAUGCAUAAAGACGGUUGUAACGGCUGAUUUCCCAGAGUGAUAUUUUCGCAGCGUUUUGUUUAUUGCCUCAAAAGUGCUCAAAAUGAGAUAUAAAUAUAUAGAUAUAGUUACCCUUCUAAACCAUUUGAACUCAAAGUGAAAAAUCAAGGGAUGUCCUAGGCGUAUGUCUCCGCUUCACUUUUGUUAUCAAAUAAAUCUGAAGCAGUGAAGCAUGAUAUUUACAAAGUAGACAUAUUCAUGGACUGGAAGUAAGACGUGUUAAUAGUAUAGGUGCUCUGCAGGCACUCUGAAUACACUUCACUAAGUGUUACAGGUAUAUUUUUCCCAUUUGAAUUUUUCAAAUAAAGGCGUCUAUCAAACAAC